AUGUUCCUUUUGGCUUUUUGGCUUUUUGGCUCCCCGGAGCUAGUUAGCAACCCCGGCCGGGCCCCGGUGCUAGAAGCUCAGUUGGGAAACUCGGCCGGGAGAAGUCAUGCUACCAGAAAUGCGCCGUCGAGUGCCGAGGCUGGUUCCACUUGGAUCAAGACAGUGCCGCGCAUUCUCCAAACGGGACACAAAUUUCAGUCGCAUUCAUCGCCGACGAUGUACUUGGAGGCCCGGGUUUCUAGCCGAGUUGGCUUGUGGAUGACAUUGGAACCCUAUGGCGGUGCCCUCCGGUUCAAGCUACCCUGGAGAGCGACGACGACGACGGGGUUUAAACACUUGGAGCCAGGCGUUUCCCGUUUCUUCGAUCCCGGUCCUCUUUCCCGCAUCCCCAACGCCUCAUCACCAACAAUGCCCGUCGACAACCUCCAAAUCGUCCUCGCCGAGCGCCCCCACGGCGAAAUCAUCCCCGGCCAGACCUUUCACCAGCGCGUCACGCCCGCGCCCACCGAAGCCGACCUCGCCGACGGCGAUGUCCUCGUCGAAGUGCUGUACCUCUCGCUCGACCCCGCCAUGCGCGGGUGGCUCAACGAAAUCGGCGCCGUCAUGCGCGGCUCCGGCGCCUGCCGCGUCCUCGCCUCCAAGAACCCCGACGUGCGCCCCGGCGAGCUCGUCAGCGGGCUGCCGGGGUGGCAGCAGUACGCCGUGCUCCGGGCCGGGUGGUACGAGCCGCGGGCCAAUUUCCCCGCGACGCUCGAGAGCGCGCAGCAGCUCCUCUCCGUCUUUGGCCUGACGGGCAUGACGGCCUGGGUCGGCAUGACGCAGAUUGGCGACCCCCAGCCCGGCGAGCUCGUCGUCGUCUCGGGCGCGGCCGGCGCCACCGGCAGCGUCGCCGGCCAGGUCGCCAAGGCCCGCGGCGCUCGUGUGGUUGGCAUCGCCGGCGGCCGCGACAAGUGCCAGUGGCUGGUGGACGAGCUCGGCUUCGACCAGGCGCUCGACUACAAGGAUCCGGACUUUAAGGCGCAGUUUCUCGAGGCGACCAAGGAUCAUAUUGACGUCUACUUUGAUAAUGUCGGCGGCGAGAUCCUCGACCUCGCCCUCCGCCAGGCCAAGGAGUUUUCGCGCUUCGUCAUGUGCGGCGCCAUCAGCCAGUACAACGCGACGCAGCCCGUCGGCCCGCGCAACAUAACGCGCAUCAUCCAGAUGCGCAUCAAGAUGCAGGGCUUCAUCGUGCUCGACCACCGGGCGCAGUACCCCGAGGCGCGCGCCGACCUCGCGCGCCUGCUCGACCAGGGCCGCCUCAAGACGAGCGUCCACCUGCUCCGCGGCGGGCUCGCCGUCGCCGAGCAGGGCCUCGUCGACCUCUACAAGGGCGUCAACACGGGCAAGCUCAUUGUCGAGCUCAAGAACCCGGACGAGAGCCCGGCCAAGCUGUGA